AACAGAGUUCUCGCCAAAAGUCUCUACUGCCAGCGAAACCGCCCUGCUUUUUUCUCGUCUGCUCGUCUUUUUUCGGAAAGAAGAGCGGACUGUACUGGAAUCAAUAUACACCCCAGAAGAACUCUCCAUUAGUCCCGAUUACACCGUCACAUUUCACUUAAAUGAUCCUGGGUCGUCCGACUCAUUCGUCGUGAACAUUACAUGGCCAAAAAGCUAUCCCUUCGAAAUCCCGUCAGUUGAUCUUGACGCCUUCUGCAAUCGGCACCUUCCCCAAACGCUUAAGGAAAAGAUUAUUAACGAACUUAAUGAUUUAGCCAAAGUCAACACAGGAGAGCCAUUGACAUUUACACUUAUCGAACACCUUCGCGAAAACGCUGCAAGCUACUUUGAAGAAAUAAAAUUAGCAAGAUCUGUUGCAUCUGCUCAAAGAAAUUCAGAACCGACGAAAGAAAGAUCUGCAAAAGGGCCAGCCUUGACGAAAUCUCAGAAACGAAGACAAGUUAAUCGCCUUGACGCGUCUGGAAACCUUCCGCGAGGAUGGAAUUGGGUCGAUGUUGUUAAACAUCUGCGUCAGACAGGCUCGCAAGAGGUGGACAAUUUGUGA